GUUACGGGUGUUGGUGACUUUCGCCGAUUUGAGCAAUGGCUUUUCAACUAUUUUAUUGCAAUAAUAAAAUACAGCAACUUAUAUAAAAUGAAUUAGAAUAUGUGCUUUCAAUAUGAAUUCCCCAUCAGUAGUGGCGUGUCGUGAAAUCUUCGAUGAAAACAGUCAACCAUCUGCAGAGGAAAUAUCUGAAUAUGCCUGUCAACUGGGCAUUGAUCCUGAAAGCGAGACCCAUCUUUUGCCAUUGGCUCGAGAUGGGCUUAUGCAAGCCUUGCCACCACCUUGGAAAGCAUACUACGAUGAAAAACUGCAAAGUCAUUAUUACUACAAUGAGGAAACGAAGAAGACGCAAUGGGAACAUCCGUUAGAUCACGUUUACAGGGAGCUUGUUAAGAAAGCAAGGGAUGCCUCCAUGCUGGAUGAUACCUGUGCGUCUGUACAGGAAUUACUCACAUCUGAAGAGAACACGAAACACCUUGAAAGAGUCGAGACUAAAGUCGAAAGUGACGAAGAUGAAUUGACAACGGACAGUGAUCAACAUCCUUCAGACGUGAAAGAUGGGAAUAUAACCUUAACUGCCAGCAAACGCCCAUUAGGAAGACCACCCUUAGGCCCAUUAUCAAGAUUGGAUAGAAAACUGAGCGAUUUACGAAUUUCACCAUUACGUCGUAGUGUAGACAAUCCAGUUUCGUCUAAACCCAAUCUCGUGAGAAACAUCUCGGAUAGGGAUAUUCUAAAUCGCCCUACGUUUGAACGGCCUAAAACUUUGUUUAAACAGCAAUCUGAGAUUAUAGAUUUGAAAAUGCACGUGUUGUCAAGCCCUGAAGAGAAUUUUAGUCCAUUGCUGUCUUCUGCUAAAAUUGAUAAGGGAUUGCCACUAACAGGUAAAGGUAAUAUGUUCCUGAGAAUAUCACGGUCUAAUUUACCGAGUCCAGAUACGGAGAAAUCUUUGAACCUAGAUUCUGUGACUAAAAGCGAUCCUCCAAAAGGCAUCUUACGAGAGAAAUCAUCAGACUAUAUCCAAAGAAGGAUCGAAAAUAUUGUCUCUGGGAAAAGUAAACAGGCAACCAGUUUUGAUGAAGAUAAGAAGAGUGUUAGAUUCAAACUCGAGAACCUUCCAGAGCCGACAGUGAGUCCCGGCUCCAACAGUUCAUCAGAACAGAACGACGGUCAGAGUUCGAUAAUAAGCGCGCCAGCACCGAUCCCAUCACCAUCCAAUCCCAUCACGGUCACCAAUCCCAUCACGAUCACGAAUCCCAUCACGAUCACGAAUCCCAUUACAGUCACAAAUACAAUCAACCAACCCACUGUGCCUUUGAAUUCUAUUGUUCUGUCCCCUCUAGUUAGUAGGCCGCCUAUCCCACCCCGUAUUGAUAGUCCGAGGGAGCUUAAAAGUAUUUCCGGAUCGGAAAAGGAUUCUUUGGCAAGUGAAAGUCGCGAUAAUAGAGGUACGUCACCGCGUCGAAGAUUAGUGAAACCACCACCGGCGGAUUAUAUAAAACCAGGAUUAUUUCAGAAGAACUUCUAUAAAAUAUCUGAUUUAGUUCGUAGAAGUGAUAUUGAACCUACUCCUGUUACGUUAGACGAACCUACGUCCGAUAAAGAUGUUCGACCAAGAUCGCCACUUAUACCACAGAAAAGCAAAAUAUCAAUAAAUCUGAUGGAAAGCAUAGAAUCCGAAACUUCAUUGGAAUCUCCUGAUAGAGAAUUCGCAAAUUUAGAUCUUAACGAUCUCGACGACUCAAAUGAAAAUCAACCAGAAGAAACACAAUCAAAAGAAAUAGAGAAAGAUAAAUCGCCAAAGAUUGAAGACGCUUCCGAAAAGUCGUAUUCGAAAACCGAUUCGCUACAAAGAAAUUUAAACAUUCCAAUCCCAUCCAUUAAAAUUCCAAAGUUAGACUUUACAAAGCAAACAAAGUUUACACAUUCCGAUAGUGAAGAUUCUAGGAAAUCUAACAAAGAUGACGAGCCAAAGAGUAGUGUUAGGUCAAAUAGUAUAGACAUUCCAAAAGACUUAAGACCGCAACUAAAGCUGUCGCCAACCCCAAGCCUUGGUGCCGAAAGGUCACCACGUUUAGAAUUAAAUAAACCCUGGUCUAGUCCAUUAUCUACAUUUAAACCUUUAAAUAAAGCAGUAAUAGCGCCAUUAAAAUCAUCCGAUUCAGCGUGUAGCCUAGGCAAAAGCUUAAGUCCUAGAUUAGAUGGAGUGAUGUUGUCUCAAGGGAAAUCUAGUUCGGAUAAUGUAGUUGUAGUUUAUCAGUUUGAAACGCAAGAUGAAAGUCCCAAAAUAAAAUCGCCUAUACCUGAUAUGGGGGUAAGAGAAAUGGUAGAAAGGAAUAAAGCAGAUGAGAGAAGAAGAUUGGAACUGAAUCUUCAGAAAGAGUUGGAGAUGAUAAGAGUAGAGUUUACUGCAAAAGAGAGGAGAAUGAGGGCGGAGUUACAGACGGAGAUGAGAGAAGCGGAAGAGAGAUUUCUAAUGGAAAAGUCUAUGAGGUUAACGGAGCAAAUAGAAAGACAUAAACGUGAAAUGGAGGAGACUUUGACAACAAGUGAGAAGAAUCAUCAACAAGCUCUAGAAAAUUCUCUCAAAGAGCUAGAAAAUAAAUACCAAAGUGACGUAUUAGCUGCGCAGAGGCAACACGAAAGUAACAUGGCGAAAAUACGCGAAGAUUAUGCUUUGAAACUAUCAGAACAAAAGGAAGAAUUGGAAAUAGAAAACGAACGCGCUUUAUCAGAAGUCCGUGACCAACUACAAAUGAAUCUAUAUCGUGAGAAAUCUCGUAUCAUAGAAGAAAACCGAGCUACCAUUGAUGCAUUGAGGGAAGAACAUACCGCUAGAAUUACGGACUUGAGACAUGAUUAUAGAGCUGAGGUGGAAAGACUGCGCAGUCAACAUGCGAUUCAUUUAGAAGAGUUACGUGCGCGUCUCGCCGGUGAACGAGCUGCGAGACAUGAUGAACGAGCGUUACAUGACAAGUAUCGAUGCCUUAAGGAGAAGUAUGCGAGAUUGAAGCAUGAUGUUAAGAUGUCAAUAGAACGCCGCAAUAAGAGGCGCGAGAUGAGCAUGACCACUGGCUCGGAAACUGAGAAGUCAAAUUCGCACAAAGCUAAUCAGUCAUUGGAGAGGUGUAAAGAACUAAACGAAACCUCAGUUAGUGCGAUAGUUGAAACAGAACCGCCCCGUCUCAGACUGAACAAUAAUCCAAUAAAAUACAAUGACAACGAGACAUCCUACUCGGAGAGCAAUCAGCAACGGACGGAUAAUAAUAAUGAUGAGUGGAAGACAAGGGAUAAUCAACCGGGUGUGACGUCACUAACGUCAGCGUUGAAACAGUCACGCAACAGACGCGCCGGCGUCGCGUUCCGCGAACCCCCUAGAACUACUAGAACUGGCGCCACAACUGAUUACCAAGACUCGUCGGACGCGACCACCGCUGACGAGAAGCCCAAAGAGGCUGUUAAUGGUCACCUACGUCGUAGAUUUACAAGAUUAAAAUCAGCAUCAACCUCCAGAUUAAAUUAUUCACCUAAACGCGGGGAAGGCUGGGCAAGUCCUCUAGAAUCGCUCCGCCAACAACUAAGGAAGUUGGACGAUUUAGAAGACCAGUUCCCGGACUUGGCUUGUCAGCCGGCGUACAGCUUGCGGUAUCCUUUCGCUGAAUUGGGUUCAGUAGGCGGUGCAGACACGCCAGAACUAGAGUUCGUGCGUCACCGUGCGGUUGUAGAGCGGGAAGGUAUGCGGCGAGCUCGUGCAGUACUACGGCGACGUAGAGCCGCGCUCAAGGAGUCGCGCUCUGAACUGUCGCCGCAUAGAGCGCCAUCGAUGGAGAAAUUCAAUUUUAUGUUGGAGGAACGUGAAGCGACGGAGCUGGAGGUGGCGCUGCACCGGGCGCGCGCGCUGCUCGGCGAGAAGGAGAUCCGGCUGCGGCACAUCGAGCGGGCGCUGCGACAACUCGCGCCGCGCCACAACGCCGCGCAGGAAGCGACAACGAGCGAAGCGUCGUCGGGAAGCGAAGCGGGGAACGAAGUAGAAGCGGGCGGGGCCGUGCUUCGCUCGCUUCGCGCGCUACACGCGGACGUCAGGGAUAUAUGGAGAGCGUUGGAUGUACGGCGGCCGCAUACGGCUUCACCUGAAACAAGUUCCUGUAAUAUGCCAACAACUUCACACACUAGGAUGACUCUAUCAGCCCCCGAACCAACGCUACAAGACAACUCGGACAGCUUGGCGGAUAAAGCGAAAGGAUUACGCGCUUGGUUACAAACUACACCGUGAUUACAAUAACGAGGUUAUUUGCGCACAAUUAAAAAAAAGAACAUGGAGUUAAUGCUGAUAAAUUUAUCUCAAUAAAAUGACGAAUAAAUUGAGUGUUUGCAUAAAAUAAUUGGAAAUUACAGAGAAUAAAUUUUUUAUAGUCUGUUCAGAGAGUCAAGUAAAG